AUGACCUAUCUUAUAAAUAAAAAGUUUGUGUAUUUCAUCUGUGAGCCAUUAUUGGGUAUAGGUUAUACGAUACAUCUGUAAUAUCACAAGUAUUAAUGACUUAGGUUUAAGAGUGCCUUAAUAAAAAAAACUAUGAGAUAUUAGGGUCGGAACUAAGAGAAAUGAUGGGGAAGUUCAGAAUUUUGAGCAUGUUCUGCGAAGGUUGAACAUUCAAAAAGGAUAUCGAACGGUCGAUACCAAACAUUCGAAUUGGAUCUCAAAUGCUCGAUCGCGGGAUGCUGAUCGUUCGAUGAGAGUUUAAGAACUUUUAUUUUUGCCACCUCAACCCUUUUUGAAAACACAUGGAAACUAAAGGGAAAUGAUUAGGAUAAUGAUUAUAGGAUCGAUUAUAGUGUGAAGGUUAGGGUAGGAUUCCUAAAGGACAGAAAAUCACUGGAAACACUUUCUUAAGAGGGAAAACAUUGGAUUUUUUUAAACCCCAAGAUUACAUUCACAAAUCUUAUAACGAUAACCAUGACAUGCGCCUUGAAAAGAGCUUUCUUUAAUGGGGUUGCACGCAAAAUUCUAAGACCCCUAGAAAAUGUAAUGUCUGUUUUACUGAACAUUGUGCAAAGCGGUCAACCUUUAGAAAAGUCAAUCUCGAACGUUCGAUGCGACCUAGGACACGAAAAAUUGAAUUUUUCAGCUCUUUAAAGUUAAUUGGGGCUAGGUUUUAUUUGGUGUGCCCCCAACCUUUCAUACACGACCUAAAAACCUCUAGAGAGAGAAAGAGAGAAAUCAAAGGGAAGAUGAGAGUUUUUUAGAGGAGAUUAAGAGAAGGAAAUGUGCUUGGAGCAUGAGGACUUAAAGUAUGCUUCAAGGGUAUUGAUGGACCAGGGACGCCCUCCUUAUGCAUAUCGGGCACCUCGCCCACCCGUGCCCCCCAUGACCACGCCCACUGAUUCGACGGCAGUAUAUACUGCGGCGUGGCCACACCACCCAGACGGGGCUUAUAGACCAUUGUUGCCGGGUAUGGUGGCCGUGCCCACGUCAGAUCACGGGCAGACCAGCACAGCUGGACCUUGCAGCUCUCCAUUGUCGGAGCUGCCGACAUUAUCUCAGAUAGGGUUCACCCAACCGGGUAACGCCUAUCGAUGGUGGGUGCGAGAGGGGAUGGGGUCACCAGGUUAUGCGCCGUACUUUCCGUAUACGUAUAGUGGACCUAUGACGUGUAACCCUGAUAGUGAGACGCAGGAUGGUAGAUUUCCACUGUCACAGACCGGGGAGAUGCAGAUGCCGGCUGUGGGGUUGGGACAGAUACCGGCACAGGCGGCGAUGCAGGGCCAGAUUUUGGGGCUGAGACAGAUGCCAGCAUCGGGAGCGAGUCAGGGCCCGGGGCAUGUAGAGAGCCAGAUGCCGUUACCUGGUGAGAGCUAGAUGCCGCUUUCCGGUGAGAGUCAGAUGCCAGAUGUGGGGGGGAGCCAGAGUACCCAUGAAGAGGACGUUGUGAUGUUGGGUACCGAUCAGUUGGCCCCCGGUAGCCCCCAGGGUAUGGAUUCAGAUGAUGAUCAGCAGCCUCCACCAGCCGGAGAGGUUGGCGAGGAGGUUGCAGGCGACCCAGCGACGUAGCACAUAGGGAUUGGGCAGAUUCGGUUGAUGGGGUACAACCCAGACGGGACCAUUUAUUAUGAGGUGAUUGACGACCCAGCGAGAAACUGGGUGCACCCGAGGGGGAAGAAGGUUGUAUUGCAGUACAAUGCUGCUAUAAAACCUGUAGGACGAGCCUGCAAUCGUUUUCGGCGGGCAGAGGGCAAGAUGAUCAGGAGUGGGUCCUACAUACACAUGCGGGACGAAUGGGCGAGGGUAAAUAGGCAGAUUAAGCAGGCAAUGUGGAACGCGCUGAUGGAGGAGUUCUAUCUACCUGUAUCAGUAGACGUGCGCAGGGCACAACAGGAGGCGUGGAAUGAUAUUGGCCGUAAGCAUCGCUCGUGGAAGUCGAGGUUCAAAACCCAACUACAAAUUGGAGACGGUGACACGCCCGAGAGUAUCCGUGCGAGAAUGCCGGAAAAUUUUUUUGAGGAGUAUGAUGCAGAAGAUGUAGACUUCCUGCUGAGAGAUUGGUGCAGAGAGCAUAAAAUCGCAACCUCUGAACGGAUGAAAAGGUUGCGGGAGCGGAAUGACCUUCCCCAUUGUGCGGGAUCUAAAAGUUAUGCCAGAUUUAAUCACGAGGAGACAUGUACAUCUGGCACGCCCCCCACUCGCGCCGCGUCGUUCGUGAAGACCCACACAAGGAAGGACGGCACUUACGUGAACGACCGUACACGGGUCUUAUGCGAGAGGAUGACGCAGAGUUUAUCCAGUGAUCCAGCCGCCACGCAAAGCGUCUCCGCAGACACGGUGCGUUGGGCACCGAACGACGCUUACGAACAGGCGGUUGGGAGGCCUGAGUAUGCAGGGAGGGUUCGGCAGGUUGGGCCGAACGUCACACCUGUUCGAGGGACAUGUUUCUCAUAUAGGCCUCGGUCACAGGGGGGACCAUCUCAGGGCACGUCGCGGGAUUGGGCCGAACAGUCUCGGAAGAUGGAAGAGAUCCAAGCGGAGCUACAGGCUGAGCGAGCGAGGAAUGACCGGUUGGAGCAGCGCGUGCAACAGUUCGACGGCAUAGAGCAGCGCUUGCGACAGUUUGAGGUCUUCAUGUCCUCCAUGGGAGUACCAGCACCAUGUGUUGGUAAUCAGUCUUCUCCUGCACAUGUAGGUAGUACGUCGUCCGUUAAUAGUGCAUCUGCAGGUAAUUCGACAACGGUUGGUACGUUGUCGCCUGUUGGACGACAGUUGAGCCAGCAUUCCACUGUCGCUACACCUUCGCCCGCUACACCAUUCAUUGCGCAGCAAUCGCCGGUUGGCGAGAACACGCCUGGGACGGUACCUCGUGAUUCGCAGGGACGCCCUUCAGAUUUGUAGAUAUUUUGUGUAAUUAUUUUUU